UGUGUAUUGGCUAUAUUUGUUAUUUUCCUUGAGAAACUCAAAUCCACGGCACCAUGGCAGUAAGUCCAAGAAAGAAUACGAGAAGCAGAAGCAGGAGUUAUUCUCCAGUGAAGGUAGCUUCGCCAAAAGCGUCACCGAAGAAGGCCAAGAAGAAACUAGUAAAGGGAGGAGUAACCAAGCCCACGACAUUGUCGAUGGUCGUUACCGCUAUUAAAGCUAUGAAGGACAAGAAGGGAUCGUCCGUCCAGGCCAUCAGAAAAUACAUAAUGGCCAACUACAGCAAGUUCAUCACCGCGACCAGGGUAUCCUCGUCUAUCAGGAUUGCUUUGGUUCGUGGACUAAAGACUGGAGCACUGGUGAGACCCAAGGGAUCUACUGCCACUGGGGCUACUGGUAGAUUCCGAAUUGGCAAACCAGCAGCUAAGAAACCAAAGACACCCAAGAAAAAGAAGGCUAAAAAGGCAAAGAAGGUCAAGAAGGCCACUGCAAAGAAGACCAAGAAACCUAAGAAGGCAAAAUCGCCCAAAAAAGCUGCGAAGAAGUCGACUAAGAAGCCCAAGAAGUCUCCAAAAAAGGCGAAAAGAGCGACAAAACCCAAAGUCAAAAAGAAGGGACUUGACAGUCAGCAUCCCAUCUGUAAAAACUACAAGGUAUAGACAGAAAUCAUUCUCCUUUGAGGUGGCCGGGGUGUGGAACAGUCUUCCAAACGAAUUGCAGAGAUAUGAAUACUUCCCAGAAUUCCGGAGGCUGGUCCACACCUGGGAUGGUCCCACUAUAUGUACAUGUUCCAUCUGUACAAAGAUGAAAGAUUGACUUUUUGGCUGCUUACUUUCUUUUGUGUAAUUUUUCUUUUUUAUGCUG